UUUCAUUCUCCACUCUAUAAAUCACAACACCGUUUGACUCCAAACCACCAUUCACAAUCAACUUCCCUCUCUCAUCAAAAAGUCCAAGAACACAGCUACAAUGUCAAUCUCAAGUCUCUCUCUCUGCUUAAUCUUCCUCACCUUCCUCACUUCCACACUUGUUCUCUCCUCUCGCACCCCUAAAAUGGCUGUAGCAGCAUCACCUUCAAUAGAGAAGAACCUCCAGAAAACACAUGUUCAUCCUCCUUCACUGCCUGUUUCUGAAUCCACUGAGGCUGAUGGAUCAAUGUUUAUGUCCAAGAUUGAUGCUGAGCCAGCACCGAACACGGCUAUAUCCGGUUUCUUCAGGCAUAUGUUCCCAUUCCCAGGCUGGCCUUUCCACAAGUAUGGUCCUUUCCCAAUGGACAAGCCAGCAAAUCCUUCUGUUACUACAACACCGGCUACUGGAGCUGAGGAAGAUGAAUCUGAGAAGGUGCCUUCUUCUCCAAGCAACGGAAACAGAGAUGGUGGCAAUGCUUGAAGAUGAAUGAAUACUUACUACAUAAAAAGCUUAUUAUGUUUAUCUUAUAGUUUUACAUAUUGUGUUAAAUAAAAAUGUACCAUGUACUAUAAAUGAUAUGUGACAUUUUAUUUUUACAUGGAUUAAUGAAAUGAAUACAAUUUUAAAUCUUAA